CAUUACCAAAGCCAGAGAAAUAGUAGAAUCAUCUCUUCCUCGAGCCCCAACCAAUCUCUCUCUCCAUUUUAGGCUAGGAGGGUAAAGUAACUAGGCCAGGAUUACCUGCAUUUUCGUUUUCUGUUCUGUGCACGAAAAACACCAAAACAAAGCAUCAUUUUCUUCAUUUUCAUAGUUUCCCCCCUCUUUUACCAGAAGUUAAGGGAGAGAGAGAGGGGAAGAAGAAGCUAUCUCCUUUCUUUUACCAGAUGUGCCCACUUUUACUACAUUCUUGAAGUCAUGAAAGUGGAAAGGAGAUAGGCUACAUGGGUCGCAUUCUUGAAAGUUAUCUUUUUUUCUUCAGACAAAAUCCCUCUUUUUAAAUCUCCAAAUACAAAGAUGGCUGUGGUUCAAAUGUCUUAAAUCCCAGCAAAAGUCCAUAAAAAACCAAUCUUGCCAGCCCCACCAUUUUUUUCAGUUUUUUCACUUCAAGAAACAACCUUUUUUCUGUAUGUAGCAAGCCCUUUGUUUAGGGGAGAGAGUGAGAGAGAGACAAAAAAAUGGGUGUUGUUUAAAUGUCUUAAAUCCCAGCAAAAGUUCAUAAAAAACCAAUCUUGCCAGCCCCACCACUUUUUUUCAAUUUUUUCAUUUCCAAGAAGCAACCUUUUUUCUGUAUGUGGCAAGCUUGUUUAGGGAAGAGAGAGACAAUAAAAUGGGAUGUGUAGCAUCAAGACUACAAGAGGAAGAGGAGGUAGUCUCAAUUUGUAGAGAGAGAAAGAAGCAGCUCAAGCUGGCUGUAGAGAGAAGGUAUGCUCUAGCAGAUGCUCACUACAGAUACUGCCAAUCACUCUCUGGUGUCUCAGCAGCCAUAAAUCUCUUUGUCACACGCCAUUCUUCACCAAAUGCACCUUACUAUAUCACAUUCCCUCCUCACUCUCCCACAAAAGAGAAAAAGGUGGUUUCAAACCCUCUAUUUCUCCAGCAAAAACCCUCUGAGCCCACAAAGGAGACCAUUGCAUGUGAGUCUUGCAGUUCCUCAAUCAGCUCUGUUUCUUGUGAGGAAGAGAGAGAGGGAAUGAGAGAGAAACAAGAAGAAGGGAACAUCUGUGGCUACUUCUACAUGGACAUGCCUCAUCCCCCUCAACACCAGCUUCAAACAACAAUGGCUUCACCACAGACCGAUUUUGGGUGGGAUUUCUUCAACCCUUUCAACAAUGUGGCAAGGCCAGAAAUGAUUAAUGUCUACAACAGGAUGUCUGAGGAGGAGGUGAGGGCUGUGAGGGAGCAAGAAGGAAUCCCUGAACUUGAGGAUGAAGAUGGAGAGAGAGGAGGGGAAACAGCCAGUGUGAAAGAGAAGGGGGGUGAAAUUGAGGCUGUUAAGGGUGUGGAGAGAGAGAGGGAGAAUGGGAUGAGUGUUGUGGAUAAUCACAAACCAGUUGAAGGGAGAGAGCUGUUGGAAGCUUUGAAUGAUAUUGAAGAUCAUUUCAUUGUGGCUUAUGAUUCUGGUAAGGAUGUUUCUAGAAUGCUGGAGUGCAACAGGGUGCAUUUGCAAUCUAAUAUUGACGAGAUAAAAGAAAACUCAACAAAGUUGAUCCAAGCCAUCUCAUGGAGGUCUGCUUCUUCACGCUCAUCAUCUUGCAAGAGUUUGGUCGAGUCUAGUUCCAAGAGUUCCUUGACAUGGACAGAGUUCAGCAACGAUCUCUUUGAUGAAUAUGGAGGCAUGACUUCGGGAAGCCACUCGCUUACCUUAGGAAGGCUCUAUGCCUGGGAAAAGAAACUAUACAACGAAGUUAAGAAUGGAGACAGCAUACGCAAAAUCUACGAGAAGAAGUGCAACCAGCUUCAAAAUCAAGACGUUAGAGGAGACGAGGGGUUCACAGUCUACAAGAGCAGAGCAGCAGUCAAAUAUCUCUACAGCAGGAUCCUGGUGGCAAUACGUAGUGCUGAAACGAUAUCUAAACAGAUCGAGAAGCUGAUAGAGGAAGAGCUCGAGCCCCAGAUACGAGAGCUACUUCAAGGUAUGACAGCAACAUGGAAAAUCAUGUUGGAUUCCCAUGAAAUCCAGCGCAAGAUCAUAUUUGAAGUGACCACCUUUUCGUGCCCCUCGUAUGGGAAGUUCUGCAACGAGACUCACCGGCUCGCGACGCUCAAGCUCGAGGCCGAGCUCCGGAACUGGCGCACGUGCUUCACGGAGUACGUAUCCGCCCAGAAGAGUUACGUAGAGGCCCUCUUUGGGUGGCUAUCCAAGUUCGUCGCCCCCGAAGUCGAGUUCUACUCAAGGGGCCGAGCAUCCGCGGUGCCGUGCCAGCUGAACGGCCCCCCACUGCUGGUGCUAUCCCACGAUUGGCUAGAGUCAAUGAACCAUCUGCCAGAGAAGGCUGUCUCUGUCGCGAUCCGGGGCUGCUCGAAGGAUGUCAGAGCUCUGUGGCUUCAGCAAGGGGAAGAGCUGCAGCAGAAGAGGAAAGUGGAUAGUCUAUCCAAGGAGUUGGAUAGGAAGACCUCAGCCUUCCAUAAGGCCGAGAACCGGAUGCUCGAGCUUCAGUUGAGCAACGCUAGUGCAGCAGAGGCGGGCCCGCUCAUCGAGGGCAAGGACACACUGGACAGCCUUCGGAGACGGGUGGAUUUGGAGAAGGAGAAGCACCAGAAGCUCAUGCAAGAGACUGAGAGGAUGACAUUGAAUGGUUUUCAGACAGGUUUUUGUAGGGUUUUUGAGAGUAUGACGGAAUUCUCGAGGGCUGCAUUGGAAAUGUAUAAUGAGUUGAUGGAGGUAGAGAAGAAAGGUGAGAAGUUGGGAGACAGUUGUAUGUAGAUGACAUGAAAAAGAAGAAAAAAAACAUCAGUGCUUGGUUAGAUGCGUAUUGUUGUUGUUUGCUUGUAGGUUUGCAUAUUUGAAGAUUCUGUCGAAGCAACUCGCUGAGACAUUGUUCCUUCAUGAUUUUUUUGUCUUGACAAAUGUUUCCCACACGCUGUUUCAUCUCGUAUUUCAAUGGUUUCUUGAUU